AUGGCUAUCGCAGCUUCAGCAGCACUCUUCUCCCUAGAAGGGCAAACCGCCCUCGUUACUGGUGGUACUCGAGGUAUUGGACAAGCCGUCUGCAUAGCACUUGCAGAAGCAGGAGCAGAUUUGAUUUUGAUACAGCGUAAUCGCGAUAAUCUCGAGACUCAAAAGGCUGUCGAAGCUCUAGGCAGGAAAGCUCCUAUAUACACUGCGGAUCUUGCAUCGAAGGAGGAUGUCGCUGGAAUCACUCCUACAAUUCUGAAGGAUGGACACUCGAUACAUAUUCUCAUAAACUGUGCCGGAAUUCAACGCCGUCAUCCGAGCCACGAGUUUCCGGAUAAUGACUGGAAUGAGGUUAUUCAAGUCAACCUCAAUACUGUCUUCACCCUCUGUCGCGAUGUUGGUGCCCACAUGUUAAAUCUCGAACCAUCCGCUUCGACCGGCCGACGAGGUAGCAUCAUCAACUUUGCCAGUCUCCUUACCUUCCAAGGUGGUCUUACCGUUCCGGCAUACGCAGCAUCGAAGGGUGCCGUGGCACAACUCACCAAAGCUUUAUCGAAUGAAUGGGCAUCGAAAGGAAUUAAUGUCAAUGCGAUUGCUCCGGGUUAUAUCGAGACGGAGAUGAAUACUGCGUUAUUAGCCAAUCCGGAGAGAUUGAGAAGUAUCAGUGAAAGAAUACCGGCGGGUCGAUGGGGUGCUCCGGAUGACUUCAAGGCGAGCGUUGUUUUCUUGGCAAGCAAGGGAAGCGCCCUGGCAAUGAUGGUCUUGAUAUUUGUUUUCGCACACGCCGAAACCGAUUGGACUGAAACGGGUCAAGUAUAUGCCGUCGAAAGGAAUGGUUAA